UGGGCGCCCUGGGUAUAUAGACGGGCGGCGCGGGGAUGGCGUGUCACUCCUGCCGGUGUAUCGACAAUGGACAAGCGAUCUGUGCUCCUGCUGGUAGUGGUGGUGGUGGUGGUGGCGCUGGCUGGCAGUGUGGGAGCCGCGUGCCCCAGUAACCAGCUGCUCCCGUACGGCGCCUGUGUGAAGCUGAUCAACAUGGUGGAGACAGGGGACAAUCGCCAGAACUGGGAGAAAUCCAAUGAGAUAUGCGUGAAGGAAGGUGGUCAGAUGAUCUCCCUUGACACACCCACCAAGCUGGAGCAGUUCGCGGCCCAUGUCUACAACCUGCCAGGGGACUGGUCCUCUUACGCUCACUGGGUUGGUGCGAGGAAGACUGGGUCAAGCUGGAGCUGGCUGAACGAUGCUGAGCUGCCCAUCAAUUCUAACAUAUGGUACCCAACUGCUCCCGAAGACAAUGCUAACGAGACUUACGGUUUUCUUGCCCCUUACCGAGACCACCAGCGCUUCUAUCUCUAUAGCACAGACGCCAAUGGUGUCUUCCCAGUCAUCGCCUGUGAGAUUGAAGAGUAUUAACUCACAACGUUCUCAAACACUUCUGGCUCUAGAUGAAGUGACACUGGUCUUUAACCCCUUCAGUACCUUGAUGCGUUUUCGUAUUCAUUCUGGUUACUAUUUGCUGAUUUUAUUCACCUUCAGAAACUUAUGUGGGGAAUAAAAUAGUAAAGACACAGGCUAUUAAUCUUUCGACCUCCAUAGAGGUUUAGUAACGCCAAUAAAAUCGUCUAAUCAUACCCAAAACUCAAGGUAAAAAUGGGCUCAGUACUGAAAGGGUUAGGAAUGUUUUUUUUUUUCUUUUUUACUGUUCUAGUGGCAAAAUAGCAAGAUUUCUACAAUAUAAACAGAAGAAGCACUCUUUGGAUCUUGGCUUACCUCUCUGUGGCCUCUGAGAACAGUUGUGGUUAGAGAGCAAAUGUUUAUGAAUGCCUCUUGCUAACUUGGGAAUGGUUUGGCAUUAGUGUGUGUUGCCUCAGCAGAGUCUGGGUUGGAGCUCUGUGUAAAAUGAACUGCCGGUGGAAAUUAAGUAAGAAAAUAGUUUGCUGUGUGUGUGGCUAAUAAACUUACCUACCUACCUAUUUGAUUGCGGUGCCUUUUCCGCUGAGUUUGACCUUUAUUGAUGUCUUGAUGUGUUAGGAUUGCAGUAUUCUCGUUUCAUCGGAUUUGUUUUUAAUAUAUGUUGUUGUUA